AUGUUCAAUUUAAUUAAAUCACUACAUUUAAUUGAGAGCUUCUCGUAUGUACUUGAAGGUAUGAUCGUUGUGAUUGGAGGUUGUAGGUCCAAGAAUCUCGAGACUUGGGAAGAGGUUUAUGAUCCAAAAAACAAUACUUGGGGUCGAUUUUUUUUUUUUUGUUUUUUUUGUUUUUUGAAUACGAAUUCUUGCUUAGUAAAGAUUGACAAGGUGUCGUGCGUAUUGUCGGUUUCUGAUGGGAAUCUAUUUUGGCGUGAAACGAAGGAUGGUUUUGAGUGGUCCAGUGUUAUGGGAGUCGAAGAAGUGUCCUCUAUUAUUUCUGUGGCGAACGCCGGCGCAGAAGGAAGAGUGACAGUUUGGUGGAAGUCGUUGAUAUUGGAGUUAGUGAGUGUGACUGAGGAAUGUGAAACGAAGAUUUGGUGUGCAGAGAUUUCGUUUGAGAGACGCGGUUUAACAGAGCUUUGGGGAUUCGUUGAUUGGUCUAAAGAGGUGUUUGCCGUUGAUGGAUAUGACUCUACUUACGAUUUCUUUUUAAAUUCUGCUAUUGUGACUUAUUGAUCAAUGUGGUUUUCUACUUUAAAUGUUGGGAUUAUGAUAUGAAUUAAAAAAAAACAUUUUGAUGAGUUUAAGAGUUAAUAAACGAAAUUAUAUUGGUGCUU